AAUCGGGGCAGCAGACAGUAGAGAACCUCUGUCUGCUGGAGUGCUAACAUUGAGAGGAGAGAGAGAGAGAGAACAGGGGUCAGGAGGGGAGGGAAAACUACUCUCUGGACUCUAUCAGUGCUGUUAUUUGCGCACGGACUCUGAUUCCAACUCUCCAGCGUUUAGGACUAAAGAGAACAAUUUGAGAAGGAGCAAGAGAAAUUGAAACUAGAAGGAUUUAUUAUUAUUAUUAUUUUAUCUGACAGUUGGAGGACUGCUUGACAUUUAAAAAUAAUAUUUUUUUUUUGAAAAGCAUCUGCCAAAAAAUGUUAUUAUAUUUGUAUUAUUUAAUGGGAAUGGGAAUUCGGACAGAUGAUCAAGUCUGGGGUUAAGUAAACGAACAUUUUUUUGUUUUUUGUUUUUUGUUUUGGUAAAGAAAAAAUUGAUUAGAAAGAAAAGAAACAUUUGGAAGAUUCUUUAAAGCACAUUUCAAAACAAACAAACCAAAAAAAAAUCCUUAGAUAAAAGCAUCUACAUUUUGUUGAGAGUGCGGACGAAGGUGUUUAUUAAGAAAAAUAAACAUGGAGAAAAAAACUUGCUUUUUAAAAAAAAAAACAGAUCCAAAAUAAUAAUAAUAAUGAUAAUUAAAAGAAUAAAAAGAUGAUUGCCCUGGGAGCUUUAAGAACACACAGGAAGACGGAAUAACACAACUAACCCCGAUGGGACUUAUAUACUUCUAAUUUUCAUUAAGAUAAAAAAAAAAUGUUCAGUGGUGAGAGCCAGACACCAAACGCCACCCCAACGGCGAUUACCAACACGUCCAGCGCUGGCAAGACUGACCCCAACUCUGAACUGCUGCGUCAGUCCCUCCUGACCACCAUGAUGACCUUUAUAGUCUUGAUAAUCAUUAUUGGCAACCUGCUGGUCAUCAUAGCCAUUGCCAAGACCUCUCGCCUGCAGACCAUCACCAACAUCUUCAUCACGUCUCUCGCCUGUGCCGACCUCAUCAUGGGGAUAAUGGUGGUGCCGCUGGGGGCUUCCUUGGUGGUGUCCCAGCACUGGCUGCUGGGGACCACAGCCUGUGAGCUGUGGACGUCGGUGGACGUCCUGUGCGUGACGGCCAGCAUUGAGACUCUGUGUGUGAUUGCGGUGGACCGCUACAUCGCCAUCACGGCGCCCCUGAGGUACAAGGUCCUGCUAAGCAAAGCACGCGCCCGGGUCAUCGUGUGUGUGAUCUGGGCCGUGUCUGCGCUCAUCUCCUUCCUGCCCAUCAUGAAUCACUACUGGCGCGACGAGGCGGACAAGGAGGCCCGGAUAUGCUACCAGGACCCCACCUGCUGCGACUUCGUCACCAACAUGACCUAUGCCAUCACCUCCUCCGUCGUCUCCUUCUACAUCCCCCUACUGGUCAUGAUCUUCGUCUACGCCCGCGUCUUUGUCAUCGCGUCCAAGCAGGUGCACCUGAUCGAGAAGAGCCGGGUGCGUUUCCAAGACAACCUGGGAGAUGGCUGGGGGGCCAACGUGGCCCCCGGGAAGCAUGCCAAGCGUCGGCCUUCCAGGCUGGCAGCCAUCAAAGAGCACAAGGCCCUCAAGACGCUGGGCCUCAUCAUGGGCAUCUUCACCCUGUGCUGGCUGCCCUUCUUCAUGGCCAACAUCAUCAAGGUCUUCGUCAAGGGCAUCAUCGACAAGCACGUCUUCCUGACGCUCAACUGGCUCGGAUACGUCAACUCCGGCUUGAACCCGAUCAUCUACUGCCGCAGCCCCGAUUUCCGCGCGGUCUUCAAGAAGCUGCUCCGCUGCCCUUGGGUUUCGGAGACGUGGCUGCGCGCCUUUUCCAAGGAGCUUCAGAUGCGGUGCCCCUGCCUCGCUGGGGACGCGGGAGGUAGCAAGGAUCCAGGGGGCCCUUACCAAACACGUGCUCCCAUCCCGCCGGGGCUGGAGGCGGAGGAGAGCGUGGCUAGCAGCCGGAGCAGCAGCCGCAGCGACCAGCACUCCCCCAGAGCCCCGUGUCCCAAUGGGAAUACACACUUCAGUGAAUUCGCUACGACGGAGACAGAAAUUUUCUGUUUACAGUCAGAAGAAGAUGGCCAAUCAGAAAUAGGCUGUCUGGAAGUGGACUGCAUUCCGGUUGGUUAACCUGAGGAACGCAUCAUCAUCAUCAUCAUCAUCAUCAUCAUCAAGGGACGGUGAUUGGCUGAUCAGACGAAACAGACGUUGGCGAUUGGCUGGACCUAGCUCCACCCCCCCUGAGAAGCAGCAGCAGCAGCAGUCACCCUGCGGAGAAGCUCUCCCAGUGCAUUGUGGGGUAGAUAUCGGAGCAGCUCUUGAUAGGGAUGCACACUGUCUGUCUGUCUGGUACUGAUAUGGUACCAUGGGAAUGGAUUACCAGCAGUGUGGAUUGUGUGUCCGUACUACAGUGACACUGUUAGUAUGUCAAACUGUGAAAAUGUUCUCAUUGACUAUUCUUCCAGCCUUAUCUUAUUGUAGCAUAGUGCAGGACCAUUGCACUGCCAUGGAAGAUCAUAUGGGAUUUGCCAUACAGAGAGUACUGUGGUACCAUUCUAUCAGUGGCAGCCUAGUUGCAUUGUAGUUGCCCUUGCGCUACCAUUGUCCCUCUGUACAAGACAAUUGCAUUGGUUCUCUCUGCACUAUCCCUGAAGAUACUUGUGUAAUGCAGCUGAAAGGAAACCCAGACACUAUGAUAUGAACUACCAUUGGCUGGGACUGAGGACUCAAAAGCUGCGCUGUUGUGACGGUGUGACUCUAAAGGACAGAACUCGCUCUCAGAGGACGCAUGAAACUCCAGUACAGAUGUGGUAAACCACCUGGAUUGAAAAAAAAAAAACGGAACUCCCUGAAAACGAUUUUACAUUCCUGUUGAAGUCCUGCUUUUUCGAAGCUGUCGCUGCAAACGUGCGGCGAGCACAAAGCAGCCGCGUGACACCUUUCUGUUCUUUUGCAAUUCUGAUUCCGUGCGAAGUAACAAGCAUUUCUGAGGGAGUGCGCCUUUUAAAUGAACCCUUUGUUGACAUGUUCAGGAAUAUUGUGCCUAACUUAUUAUUUUAAAAUCUUAGCUUUGCUUUUUUUGUAUUGAAUAUUGUAUGUCAGUAUUUAAAAUAAGGUAUGAAUAAUGUUGAUUUUUAUUUUGAUAUAGUGUUAGGGGUUAUCUUUAAAAAUGUGAGGUGGAGGCGAGUGGUGUGGGAAUCUAGUGAUAGCAGAAUCACAGCUGUAGUUGUGCUACCAUUGCCUCUUAGCCAGCACAGAAGCGUUGCCAAUGUGGGGGCCACUGGUGACCGGUCAUUGAAGAGCAUUUGAGGAGCUCCUCUAUGACUCCAUGUACACUGGGACAGUUUAAUCCAGUUCAGGCUUUUCAACUCAUGUCGCAAUGCAUUCUGGGAUGUUUUACCUGUCUCAGGUUCCUUUCACAGCAGGACUACACUUACCAGAAUGCAAUGGGGUUUAAAAAGCCUGAAUUGCCCUAAACUGUCCUGGGGGUCAUAUGAUAACCCUAACCCUGGACAAUGGCACGCAUUCUCUAAACAAACCGAUUAGUGUGGAAACCUGGAUAUUCCAAGUGAAAUCAAAUUAAAAUAAAAAAAAUGCUUUCAGUCUAGAUGUUUAACACAGGCAAAAUAAGCUGAUCCCUGGAGCCAGCAUUACACUUCAGCCAUCAACACCAGGCAGAAGGAUAUCUACAUCAUCAGAUGGAAGGAAACGCAAAUGGAUGGAGACGCAGAUUAAUCACAUUAGUUUAUUAUAAAGCUACGACUUAGUUGGUGCUUGUCUUGGCGAGAGUUCAAAUCGGCAUGAAGUUUUAACAUCUACUCUCAUGUAAUGGAUUUUUUUUUUUUAUAUACCUAUUGUUUCCCCAGAGCAGGACUGAUAUACACAUAUUAGACCCCCCAUAUUCAAACUACCAUACACAUAUUAGACCCCCAUAUUCAAACUGAUAUACACAUAUUAGACCCCCCAUAUUCAAACUGCCAUACACAUAUUAGACCCCCCAUAUUCAAACUGCCAUACACAUCUUAGACCCCCAUAUUCAAACUGCCAUACACAUAUUAGACCCCCAUAUUCAAACUACCAUACACAUAUUAGACCCCCAUAUUCAAACUACCAUACACAUAUUAGACCCCCCAUAUUCAAACUGCUAUACACAUCUUAGACCCCCAUAUUCAAACUACCAUACACAUAUUAGACCCCCAUAUUCAAACUGCCAUACACAUAUUAGACCCCCCAUAUUCAAACUGCCAUACACAUAUUAGACCCCCAUAUUCAAACUGCCAUACACAUAUUAGACCCCCCAUAUUCAAACUGCCAUACACAUAUUAGACCCCCAUAUUCAAACUGCCAUACACAUAUUAGACCCCCAUAUUCAAACUGCCA